AAACAAACACACCUUCUCUAUUUUAAGUAAUUCAAUGGCUUACACUGCAAGUCUUGUGUUCUUAGCUUCCACUUUCCUUAUCAUAAACUUUCCUCUUCUGGCAAACGCUAUCGGAUGCAAUGGACCAUGCAGAACCCUCAACGACUGCGACGGCCAACUCAUUUGCAUCAACGGAAGGUGCAACGACGACCGCGACGUCGGAACCCACAUCUGCGGAGGCGGAAUGCCGCCAAAUCCGCCACCAAGCGGCGGAAGCUGCCAGUCCUCGGGAACCCUAAAUUGCGGCGGAAAAUCGUAUCCUCAGUACCGUUGCUCUCCGCCGGUAACUUCCUCGACGCCGGCGAUCCUGACGCUGAACGACUUCAGCGAAGGCGGCGACGGAGGGGACCCGUCGCAGUGCGACGAGAAGUUCCAUAACAACACGGAGCGUGUGGUGGCACUCUCCACGGGGUGGUUCAACGGCAGUUCGCUGUGUUUGAAAAUGAUAAGGAUCACGGCGGGGAACGGGAGGAACGUGACGGCGAAAGUGGUGGACCAGUGCGACUCUGUUAACGGCUGCGACAGGGCACACGCGGGUCAACCACCGUGCCGUAACAACAUCGUGGAUGGGUCACAAGCCGUGUGGGAUGCGCUGGGACUUGACUCUGACGUGGGAGAAGCGCGCGUUACUUGGUCCAUGGCUUGAAUCAAAUUUUAACCACUAAACAAGAAAAAUGAAUAAUGAACAAGGAUCGACAAGCAUUAUAUCAUAUGGCUUGUUUUCUUCUUAAUUUGCGCUUUUUAUUUUGUUUUUGUUACCAAAAGGAUGGGAAAUGAAAUGCUCACAUGCAUGAACAUUCCAUUCUUUGCUUUGGUUUUAAAUAAUAAUAAAAUUAUGCUGAUCACUGCAGUUAUGCACUCAUUUGAUAUAUUUUGCUGCCUCAA